AUGAGUUCCAAAAUUCUUCUGGCAGGCGCCACAGGCUACGUAGGAGGAACUGUCCUGAGUACACUGUUAAACACCCAAGAUGCUGCAAUAAAGAAUGCAUCGAUAUCCGUGCUCGUCCGGAAUACCCAACAAGCACAGGUCCUAGAAGAAAAAGGCAUCUCCACAGUCCAAGUCGGCGACUACACCGACACGACUGCCAUUGCGGAGCUAGCCAGCGGUUAUGAUGUGAUCGUUAACGGCGCCUCUGGAUUUGAACUCGGUCUCGCAACGGCAUUGAUUGAGGGCCUAGCACAGCGAAAGAAGAAGCUCGGCGUUGAGGUUCAUUAUAUCCAUACAUCAGGAACAACAAACAUCGCCGAUAGCCCGCUACUGGAUCUCUAUCCGGGGUAUAAGGCAGACCCGAUAUCCGACUCAUCACCGGCCCAGCUCACCUCAGAACUCCGAAGACUAGACGCCGCAUCGCCGUAUAUCCAGCGCAGUGUUGAUCUCGCUGUGAUGGACAAAGGGAAAGCCACCGGCGUAAAAACACAUAGUAUCUGUCUCCCCAUGCUGUUUGGCGUGGGGACAGGUCUGUUUCGGACAGUGUCGGGCCAGAUCCCGAUCCUGGUCCGUGGGGCUAUUCAGGCUCGGCAGGCGUGGCUUGUUGGGGAUGGGUCUGCUUUGAAGGGGUAUGUGCAUAUAAAGGAUGCGGCGAGGGUUUAUGAAAUUGCUGUGAGUAGGGUACUUCGUGGGUUGUCCGUGCCGUAUGGCGAGGAGGGUGUUAUGUUUGUUGGAGACCGUGAGUAUACUUGGAAUGAAGUUGGGGAGAAGAUUGCGAGUGUUGGAAAGGCGCUGGGUGUUCUCGAUACAGACAAGGUCAAGUACGUGAGUAUGGAGGAGGGGGGGCGUCUGUUGGGGAUGGAUGAUAUGCAGUACGUGGAGGCUGCGUAUGUGUCGAGUGCGAGGGCAACUGCAGAUAUUGCCAGGGGCCUGGGCUGGAAGCCGGUGUAUUCCGAUGCAUUUGACGAGUAUUUCGGCGAUGUGUGGAAUAUUGUCCUUGAAGAAGCCAAAUAG